AGCGAGUCACACGUAAAUUAUCCCGAUCUGCUAAUUAAUUGUUUAGUACAGCUUUUUGAACCGAAAACUUGAACACAAUCAAUGUGGACAUUGUUCAAAUCUAAUGGAAAUUCUAAAAUGAACAUCAACAGCGAUUCGAACCAGGAACAAUACUACAGACGAAAUAUUUUAGGGAAAGUUAAUGCUGCAGAUUGCGCAAGCUAUUCCCAUAAUUUAUUUAUUGAUUAUAAGCUACAAUUAUUUUUCUGGGCUGCAGUAUGCUGCUGCGUUCUCACGUUUUUGAUUUGUCUGGCAAUAUGUAUUUCGAUAUAUAUAUAUUUUAUACGCUAA